CAUAUUCUGAGAUCUAUAAAUGCGCAUUCAUCCUUUCUGCAUUCGUCAAAACUCGACUGUGGUUUGGCAUUGGACUGCCUUCUUCCGCUACCUAAAACCAAACCACGUUUUUGUUGUGAAACCGCUGAAGUGAUGAUGAAUUUGAGGAUUAAACCUGGAUUAAUUGCGAGCCAGAAUACCAGAAAUUUGUGGGAGGUGCCUUCUCUGAACAUGAGAAUCAAGUAUAACAAACAAAGACAGAGACAAAGAAAUGGAGCAUCACCCCCAAGUGCAACACAGGUGCUGACCUCUGGGGAGAAGGAAUCCACUGAAAAGAGCGGGAGCGCUGACCACCAUCAUCCCCACCCACAGGUCAAGGACAUAAGCGCGAAGAGAAAGAGCGCAAGGAAGCUGAGCGAUGUCUGGAGAGAGGUCCAGGGUUCGAACAACUGGGAGGGCCUAUUGGAGCCAAUGGACCAUCUCCUCCGCAGCGAGCUCAUAAAAUACGGAGAGCUUGCCCAGGCCUGCUACGACGCCUUUGACUUCGACCCCUUCUCCAAAUACUGUGGCAGCUGCAAGUACAAUCGCAGAACCAUGCUCCAAGAGCUCGGCCUUUCCCUCACCGGAUACGAAAUCACAAAGUAUCUCUACGCAACCUCCAAUAUCAAUCUCCCCAAUUUCUUCAAAAAGUCCCGGGCGGGGGAGAAAUUGUGGAGCAAUCAUGCCAACUGGAUGGGCUUCGUGGCCGUGGCGGAGGACGAACAAGAAAUAAAGAGACUUGGGCGGCGCGAUAUAGUCAUCUCUUGGAGAGGCACCGUGACCCGUCUGGAGUGGGUAGCAGAUCUCAUGGAUUUCCUCAAACCCGCGGGUUUCCAUUCCAACCAUCCUGAUCCCCGUGUCAAAGUGGAGUCGGGGUUUCUGAGCCUGUACACCGCCAGCGAGAAAGAUUGCCGCUUCGCCAAAUCCAGUGCCCAGGACCAAAUUCACGCGGAGGUUGGAAGAAUAAUCGAAAAGUACAAGGGAGAACAGUUGAGCAUAACGAUCACGGGCCACAGCCUGGGCAGCGCACUCGCGAUGCUGAGCGCUUACGACAUUGCAGAGAUGGGAAUCAAUCAGGAGAAUGGAAAUGAGAAGAUUCCCAUCACUGUCUUCUCUUUCGCAGGCCCGCGGGUGGGAAAUUCCGACUUCAAGGAGCGCCUGGAGCGGCUGGGGGUGAAAAUCCUGAGAGUGGUAAAUGCCCACGACGUAGUUCCAAAAGUUCCUGGAAUUGUCUUCAAUGAAUAUUUUCAAUUCGUGACAGAAUGGAUCGAGAGGCUGCCGUGGAGUUACUCCCACGUAGGAGUGGAGCUGCAGCUGGAUCACACCAAAUCUCCUUUCCUCCGACCCACAAGCGACCCAUCCUGCUUCCACAACUUAGAAGCGCAUCUCCAUCUCUUGGACGGAUACCAUAGUCACCAAGAGCGGUUUCACCUUGCCAGUGGACGGGAUCCUGCUCUUGUGAACAAAGCAGCCGACUUCUUAGAAGAUCACUUGAAUAUUCCUCCGUGCUGGAGGCAAGACCCCAACAAGGGCAUGGUCAGAAACUCCGAAGGUCGAUGGGUCCAGCGACAAAGGUCCCCGUCUUGCUUUCUCUAAUUAUAUAUUUGUGACUUCACAUAAAUAAUGUAGGUUAAUUGAAUUAUUAAAUUA